AUGAUCGUCGGUUUCUUGGCACUAGGCCAUCGUACCAUCAAACUGAUUGCACAAGAAAUCACCGUCGAUAUGAGCCCUGUUUCUGGGUUCGCUAUCGAACUUGGCACAGCUUUCACUGUCCUUGUUUGUGUGAAAGUCGGUAUUCCCAUCUCUUCCACUCAUUGCGCAGUCGGUGCAGUUCUCUUCGUUGGCAUGACGAAAUCUACUGCAGAAGGAGUAUCCUUCAAAACAUUUAGGAAAAUUGUAAUUGUUUGGCUAUUAUGUUUCCCAGUUUCAGCUGCAAUAUCUCUUUUGGCUACAUGGCUGUUAGUUCAGUUUGUCUAA